AUGGAAGGCUCAUAUUCGCAUGAUGAGACAGCUAUGCCGUAUGUGUAUGGCCAUCUACCUUGAGAACAACCACUAAUUGUCCGCAGAGACAACUCUCGAUACGAGGGCUAUGGAAGGGACGAUACAAUAGAGUCCAUCCCGCGACAGGUUAACCUGAACACCGAUCUCGAAGCCAAGUUUGUACCUCCCCACCUCCUACGUCCAAACAACCCACUGACUGAAGAGCUUCUCAGAAUCCAGAAUCCUCUAGCCGGCCUUUCAGACGAGAACCUACUAAGACAAGUCGAAGAAUUCGCCAGAUCCAAAGAUUUAACGAACAUAUUACCAUUACUGAAAAAAGGUGCCUUGGUAGCACGCGACCCGACCAAUUAUGAGGAUAUUGCCGGAGAGCAUGCAUUGAAGGAGGACGAGGUAGAGGCAUUGACUGACGAGGUUCUGCACAAGUGGAGACAACCGAGGGCGCUAUUUUCUACAAUUCUAUGUUGUUCUAUAGGAGCAGCGGUCCAGGGAUGGGAUCAGACGGGUACGUGUUUCCGGAUACACAUGGAAUCUUUGGCACAGGAUUUGGGCAGAGUAAAGAAAUGAAUCGGUUCAUCUCAAGCGAGAGGGGUGUGGAAAGGGGGUGUGGGCCCGACCAUUUCUCAACAUUGGUGUUGUGCAACCAGGACGAGUCAUAUUCCAUCAUCGAAGCAUGCACUUACAAUUUCUCCAGGAUCUAAUGGUGCAAACCUCGCGUUUCCAGAGUAUUUUAAGAUCGACAAGGACACGAUCCACGACCAAAUAAUCCAAGGACUUAUCAAUGCAGCGCCAUAUAUUGGUUCAGCGUUGUUCGGAUGUUGGCUAUCUGACCCACUGAACUCCUACUUCGGUCGACGAGGCACGAUUUUUGUUUCUGGGCAUAUAUGUUUAUGGACUGUCGUAGGGUCCGCGUUUACGCAGACUUGGGAGCAGUUGCUUAUUUGUCGGAUUCUUUUGGGAUUGGGGAUGGGCGCAAAAGCCAGUACUGUAAGAACGAAAUCUCAUACGUCUGCCGCUUGAAGAGGGUUUCCACCGGAAGAAUGAGGCUUUUCGCUUGCAUCGCCCUUUCAGAUUUUAGGGGCCGCCAAAGGAUCAUACUAAAGUGAAUAAAUUGGCAUGUAGGUCCCGAUUUUUGCGGCGGAAAACUCGCCAGCUGCAAUAAGAGGCGCUCGUAAGUUUCUGUCCUUUCUCAUACAUGCCGAAAACAAAAACAAAGGCUAAUCGAAUCUCAAAGUUGUAAUGAGUUGGCAAUUGUGGACAGGUAUUUUUCAAAUCUACUUCAAGAACGUCAACCAUGGCUAAACAAUUACGAACAGCCUUCGGAAUGUUCCUCGGUUUUUGCGCAAACCUAGCCGUCCUUCGCACUGGAGAUAUUGCCUGGCGUCUUCAAUUAGGUUCAGCUUUUAUCCCUGCUGUUCCCCUCAUAAUAUCAGUCUACUUCAGUCCCGAAUCCCCACGUUGGUACAUGAAAAAGGGAGAAUACCACCGAGCCUUUAAAUCUCUCCUUCGUUUACGGAAUAAUCCUAUCCAAGCCGCGAGAGACUUGUACUAUAUCCACACUCAGCUUGCAUUAGAGGCAGAGAUCUUUAAGAAUAGUACUCCUUACAUGUCGAGAUUUAUCGAGUUGUUUACGAUUCCGAGAUUGAGGAGAGCUACCUUGGCAGCAUUUACUGUUAUGAUGGCUCAGCAAAUGGUUGGUGGCCUUUCUAUACUUCCCAUAUAAAGAUUUGGGAGUUUCUUGCUAACAGAACUAGUGUGGAAUCAACAUAAUUUCAUUCUAUUCUUCCACGGUAUUCAUAGAUUCAGGCGCCUCUCCCUUGAAAGCAUUAGUGGCCAGCUUCGGCUUCGGAUUAGUGAAUUUCUUAUUCACUUGGCCCGCCGUUUGGACGAUAGAUACCUAUGGACGACGAAGUCUCUUGUUAUUUACGUUCCCUAAUAUGGCUUGGAGUAUGUUGGCCAUUGGACUCUGCUCGCUUAUUGAUCCAAAGAGCGAUGCUCAUCUUGGACUCAUGGCUUUUUUUAUCUAUGUUUUUACAGCUUUUUAUAGUCCUGGAGAGGUGAGCUAACUCAUGAUUUGAACUUGCAUUUCUCGACCUGUCCAAGGAGACAUGCUGACAUGAACUUUUAUCAUUAGGGCCCAGUACCCUUCACGUACUCAGCAGAAGUCUUCCCCCUGUCCCACAGAGAGGUAGGGAUGAGUUGGAGUGUAGCCGUAAACCUAAUGUUCGCCGCAAUUCUCAGCAUAUUAUUACCAAUGAUGAAAGAUAGAAUGCACAUAGUAGUAUGUUUACUCUUCCCCUUCCCCUUCCGUCGCGCCCAACCCUCUCUUAAUACAUCUUCUAUACCGUAUAUACAAAGACCCACUCACACAAACUUCAGGGAGCAUUCUCCUUCUACGCAGGUCUCAACAUCGUAGCCUUCAUCAUGAUCUUUCUCUGGGUCCCCGAGACCAAACAGCGCACACUCGAAGAACUAGACUACGUCUUCGCCGUCCCAACACGGACAUUCAUGCGCUACCAAGUCACCGAGGCCUUACCGUGUGUCCCAUCUUCUCCUUCCUUCCCCCACCACCAUGUCCCCCUUUCAUUUUCAUCCAUUCCCUCUCUCCACCACCAAAAACAGUAUCAGCACAAAGCAUCUCAUCACAACAUCAACUAACCAACCCUCUGCAAAAAAGAUGGUGGACCAAACGCUACAUCCUCCUACGCCGCGAUACCCCGACCCUAAAACCCCUCUACUACUUAGACGUCCCGACCCUCAAUUUGACGACACAGGAACUGUACAACUACCAACAUCAACGGAAGGACUCGAGUCCUGCAUCUAGGAAACCUUGAUGUGGCGUGUAUCUUUUGUGUUUGAUUUGAUUUGAUUAGAUAUCAUUAUAUAUUUCUAUAUGCUAUAUUUAUUUCUUAGUGUUUGGAUUUCCUCCUUUCUGGGGUUUUAGCGGGGUUGGGAGUUUAUCUCUUGAGGGGAAAAGGGGGAAGGGAAAUGGGAUUGGAAUGGGGUUAGGAUUAGGUUCUGGAUUGGGAAACAGGAUUGGGAUUGUAAAUAAAUCAAAUAAGAUAAAUAAUUGGAAUGAAUAUAAU